AUGAUCGGAUUAACAACGUUGCGAUCAAAAUGGACCAGUCGUUGUAUCUUGUUGGCUGCUUUUUUAUGUUUCUUCGUGUCAGAGUCACGUACUAUUGUACGGGAUAUUACCAGCAAUGAGUUACCACAAUAUCUAGAUCUAUCUGGUUUUGUACGAGUUCGAAAGGGUGAAUGGGUGCCAGAUUCGGAAUGUACUGUGCAUCAGCAUGAAGUCCUACAUGCAGUCAUGGAUCGACUUUGUGAAGUAUGUCAUGAAAUGUUCUAUCACGAACAGGGCAAUCUACGAGCACAAUGCAGGUGA